AUGAUUCUCACCAGCCUCACAGCACUAGCAUUCGCCAUAUUGGCGUCCGCCUCCGCGAUUCCCCGUGAGGCCACCGAAGGCGUCGAGCUCGAGGUUCGCAGCGACCCAGUCAUCACGUUCAAGGAGUAUGACGCGUAUCAGUGCUAUGGCCUCCCUAUCUCGUGGUCGGGGGGCACGCCGCCGUUCUACCUCGAGCUCGGGGCGUGGGACCUGACCCCAGGAGCAGAGUACCCCUUCGUCGCCGCACAAACUUUCUAUCCCGUCUUCUUCAAGAACCUCGUGUGGAACAUUCCUUACCCUGCCGGCACCAAGAUUGGCGUUAUCCUCAACCAGGGCGACUGGACCAACGGGUGGACACCUACAAUCCGCAACACGACCGUCCUGGUCUACCUCAACUUCUGGGCUAUAGACACGACCCCGGGGGUCACCAACCCCUGGGUGCCUGCCGCAUCGCUCUACUUCCCCGGCAACGUAACCACCUUCACAUGGGACGUGCCCUGCGUUGACAUCUGGUUCGGCGAAUCGAGCACUGCGGUUCCGUGGAAGACGUUGAAGGUCAUCGCGCAAAACGCUACUGUUCUCGACCCGGCCGGGUCGUCCUGUGCCACCUCGCCAACACACUUUGUCAGUCCGUCGCCCAGCCCAACCUCUUCGAAGUACCGCCCAUCCACAGUGCCGCCGUCGCCGACUACCACGGGCAGCGUUGACCCGUACCCUGACCUCACGCUCUCGCUGGACCCGUGGCCCCCUCGCCAGUGCGAGAAAGUGCUUAUAUCAUGGACGUUCUCGGGCGAGAUCCACCUCGGGACCUACGCCUUGGACGCUACUCCUGGAGUCUUGUUCCCCUGGAUCAACGACUACAGCCCCUACUACGCGGGAAAUGUUACCAGCACCACAUGGAACGUGCCUUGGGGUGCCGGCGCUCUCGUCAAGGUUCAGAUUGUAUUCAGCGACUCUAAGACCCACGAGACCUUGAAGACCAUCGAGCGCAAUGGGACCAUCCUCGACUCACCCGGCAGAUCCUGCUCCAUUGUCCCUACGCACUAUGUCACCCCCGCGCCCUCCACCACCCCGCACCCGGAGAUAACUGUGUCGAUGAACCCAUGGCCCCCGCACCAAUGCAAGCCAGUGCACAUGUCAUGGACGUUCACGGGUCCCAUCCAUGUGACCAUUUACGCUUUGGACACGACCCCCGGGGUCGAGUUCCCUUGGAUACCCGACCGCAACCAGCCUUACUUCGCUGGUAACGUCACAAGCUGGACUUGGAACGUUCCAUGGGGAGCUGGGACCAAAGUCCGUGUGAUGUUCUUUUUCGGCGAUGACAGCAACGGCCUUUUGAAGACGAUUGAGCGCAAUGCCACGAUCCUGGACUCUCCCGGCAUCUCGUGCUCCGUUGCCCCCACGACCAAUACCUAUGUCAGUCCCACUCCGAGCAUGACGUCAUCGAAAUCGAAGUCGACAUCAAAAUCCCAGUCAGCUUCCAAGCCCCAGUCGACCACCAAGCCGUCCAAGACAACCGUGCCCCAGUCCUCGCCGCCGCGCUCGACCUCGAUGCCACACUCGACCUCCAACACGCCCACAACCUCGACGAAGGCUCCAAUUCCCACAUCAUCGCCCCCUCCUACCCCAACGACCAGCAGUUUCGAUAGUCACAGCGAGAUCUCGCCAUGGCCAUACCCCGUCCCCACUGCACCGAACGCUUUUCUAGAGUACAAGGGCUCGUUCAACCGCGCAGUCGCACUCUUCGACAUCUGGGGUAACUACCAGUUCCUCAACGCUCGACCCAUCACAGGAACCGACACGAGCUGCAUCAAGAAGAAAUGA